UCUACAUCUAUCUGAUUAUGAUGAAUUUCUUUUUUCAGUUACUUGAACACAUUAUUUUUCUAUAAAGAUCUUUUUACAAUAGAGCAAAUCAUAUCCAUGUAAACUUUUGAGAAAGAGAAUGUUAUUCUCAAGUAGAAGUACAUUUUAGUUGCUUUAAUUUUUUUUUAGAUGAUGUGUAUUUAAUACGAGUACGUAGUAUGUAAGCUAUUCCAAGUGCAGUUAAUCGGGUAUGUUUAAAUGUAUUUUUUUUCUAAAUUUAUCAUUUUUGUUUAAAUUAAAGAUAACUCAAGUACAUUAGUACACUUGUCAUUGAUUUUAAACUACGGAGUAUUAAUUAAAGAGUGUAGCUAUCUUUUUUUUUUUUGAACGAAGAGUGUAGCUACGUAUGUAUCCAUUUUUGUUUUAAGCAUUCAAAUUGGUUAGUUGUCGAAACAAAUCGGCAGGAUUAAACAAAGAUAAUAUACGUGGAGACCACAGCCCCAGGCCGCCAGCACGGCGAGUGGGGUCAGGACUUGCCAAAACCAGCUGGUAGUUUCAACUUCGCUCUUUUAUUACAUCGUCAGCUGCUCUUUGGUAAGAUCUGAGAUCCCUUUCUCUCUCCCUCUCUCCAUCUGACAGCGGACGGAGUAAGAACCAAGCCUCCCUUCCAUUUCUCUAAUCCCAUUCUUUUCGUGCACACAAAGGGAGCUAGCUCUAUGGAGAAGGGUGGGAGAAACAGAAAUCUUUGAGAUCUGGUGGCUAGCUCUCUCUCCCAGCUGCAGAUUCAAAAGCAUAAAAUCAAUACUUUCAAAUAAUGGUUUGUGGUCUGGGACACAACAGGAAAUUCGAGGAAUUAAAGUAUAAAGAAGAAUGGGGAAGAAAGGGAGCUGGUUUUCUUCAGUGAAGAAGGCUUUCAGCCCUGAAUCUAAGAAAGGAAGAAAAGCAAAUAAAAAACGGUUGGAGAAAGAACAGGCUCAGGUUCCAGACUCCUCAGUUUUGGAAACUCCUAGUGUAUCACUGCAACCACCUCCGCCUCCGCCACCACCACAAGAGGUGGAAUUGUCUGAAGUGGAGAACGAGCAAACAAAGCAUGCUCUCUCGGUUGCAGCUGCCACCGUGGCAGCCGCAGAGGCUGCUGUAGCUGCUGCCCAGGCUGCCGCAGAAGUUGUUAGGCUAAGUUCCCCAAAUCAAUUUGCAGGAAAGUCAAAGGAUGAAACCGCUGCCAUCAGAAUUCAGACUGCGUUCCGAGGAUAUCUGGCUAGGAGGGCAUUGAAGGCCCUAAGAGGACUCGUGAGGCUGAAAUCACUUAUUGAUGGGCCUACUGCCAAAAGGCAAACUGCAAGUGCUCUUAAAUGUAUGCAGAGUCUUUCGCGUGUACAGUCUCAGAUUCAUUCCAGAAGGAAUAGAAUGUUGGAGGAAAAUAGAGCUCUCCAAAAACAGAUUAUGCAGAAACAUGCCAAGGAACUGGAGAACUUGAGGAGGGGAGAGGAGUGGGAUGAUAGUGUACAGUCAAAAGAGAAAGUUGAAGCAAACUUGUUGAGCAAAUUUGAAGCUGCUAUGAGACGAGAAAGAGCACUUGCUUAUUCAUAUUCCCAUCAGAAAACUUGGAAGAAGUCUUCAAGGUCUGCAAAUUUGUUGUUUAUGGACCCCACAAAUCCACAGUGGGGUUGGAGCUGGUUGGAACGGUGGAUGGGGGCUAGACCUUGGGAGACAGAUGCCGUGCCAGGGAAAGAGAUUAAGAACGACCAGUUGUCAGUGAGAGGCGAAAGUAGCAUAAUUGUGGGAGAGAUUACCAAGUCAUAUGCUCGCCAUCUGCUAUCUACAGCUGAACAGCCCUCUUCACCGUCCCCAAGUCAAAAGCCAAGUCACUCUUCAGCUCGCCAUUCCCCUGCUACUCCUCCUUCCAAACUACCGCCGGCCAGAAAACUAAAAUCACCAAGCCAGAGAGCAAGUGCCAUCACCGCCCAAGAUGAUGACGCAAGAAGCGUGUUGAGUGUCCAGUUAGAGGGAAAUGGGACGAGGCGGAGGAGGCAUAGCAUUGCUGGAUCAUCAUCAUCCGUUAGAGAUGACGAGAGUUUGUCAAGCACCACAUCUGUACCCAGCUAUAUGGCACCCACUCGUUCAGCAAGGGCCAAGACACGCUUGCAGAGCCCUUCAGAUGUGGAGGAGGAGAGUGGCCCUGCUGCUGCUGCUGUUCCCGUUAAGAAGCGCCUUUCCUACCCACUGUCUCCUGCUAGCAGGCCUAGGCGGUACUCAGGCCCUCCCAAAGCCCAAAACAUCUCUAUUAUCUCAACCUAAUUGAAACCAUUGCUGAGAUCCAUUCUUCAUUUUUCUUCAAUACUAGUCUUGUACCAAUAAGAUGUGCUGGUGCUCGUGUUUGUUGCCUAUAUAUAAAGUGAGAGAUAGUAAAAGCAGGAAAUUAAUGGCACGUUCCAUUUAUUUUCAUACAUCAACAUCUCUAUACCCAAUUCUUAAUUCAUUAUUACUGUGUCAAGUGGCCCUCCGGAGUUUCUUUGGGCUACUCUUGCUAUAUAUGUAACUCUCUUCCACUUGUCGAAGAUUGUAAUACUUAGAUAUUUUAUGUACUUAAAUGAAUGAAUAAUUCUUAUCUUACUUCAUGUCUGUGUGAGCGUACUUCGUGAUGUACCCCAAGAAAGGAAGUUAGAUGAUCGUUAACUUCUUUUUGUACUGAAAUAUAUACUUCGAUAGCUAACAAAUCAUACUUUAUUACAUUGUACUAUGUAUUAAUUACGUUGUAUUAUUCUUACAUCGUGAUAGACCCCAAUUCCCAAAGGACAUGUUUAAUUUGUGGAUUAAUAAAGAAUGCUUAUUGUAUUAUUC